AUGGCUAUGAACCUGAGAAAUUCCACUCGGGCCUUUGGCUCCCUCAAGCCUCUGACCCGAGCCGCUCUUAUCGGCGCCCGUGGCUAUGCCACUGCCGAACCCGACCUCAAGACCACCCUGAAGGAGGUUAUUCCCGCUAAGCGUGAGCUUCUCAAGAAGGUCAAGGCUCACGGCAGCAAGACCAUUGGCGAGGUCAAGGUCGAGAACACCCUCGGUGGAAUGCGUGGUCUCAAGGCCAUGGUCUGGGAAGGUUCCGUCCUCGAUGCCAACGAGGGUAUUCGUUUCCACGGCCGUACCAUCAAGGAUUGCCAGAAGGUCCUGCCCAAGGGCAAGACUGGAACUGAGAUGCUUCCCGAGGCCAUGUUCUGGCUCCUCCUUACCGGCCAGGUCCCCUCUACGAACCAAGUUCGCGUCUUCUCUCGCGAGCUUGCUGAGAAGGCUCAGAUCCCCCAAUUCGUCAACAAGAUGCUCGACGAUUUCCCCAAGGACUUGCAUCCCAUGACUCAGUUUGCCAUUGCUGUGUCUGCUCUCAACUAUGAGUCCAAGUUCGCCAAGGCUUACGAGAGCGGCCUGAACAAGGCUGACUACUGGGAGCCUACUUUUGACGACUGCAUUUCGCUCCUGGCCAAGCUGCCCACUAUUGCUGCCAAAAUCUACCAGAACGCCUACCGUGGUGGUGGUGCUCUCCCUGCUCAGGUUGACCUUGAGCAGGAUUGGUCUUACAACUUUGCUGCUAUGCUCGGAAAGGGCGGCAAGGAGAACGAGAACUUCCAGGAUCUCCUCCGUCUCUACCUGGCCCUUCACGGUGACCACGAGGGUGGCAACGUCUCUGCCCACGCCACUCAUCUUGUUGGCAGCGCUCUCAGCGACCCCUUCCUUUCUUACUCAGCUGGUCUCCAGGGUCUGGCUGGUCCUCUUCACGGUCUGGCCGCCCAGGAGGUCCUCCGAUGGAUUCUCCAGAUGAAGGAGGCCAUCCCCGCUGGUUACACCGAGCAAGAUGUUCACGACUACCUGUGGUCGACCCUCAACUCCGGUCGUGUCGUCCCUGGCUACGGCCAUGCCGUUCUCCGCAAGCCUGAUCCCCGAUUUGAGGCCCUGAUGGACUACGCUGCCGCCCGCCCUGAGAUCGCCAAGGACCCCGUUUUCCAGCUGGUUGAGAAGAACAGCCGCAUCGCCCCCGAGGUGCUCAAGAAGCACGGCAAGACCAAGAACCCUUACCCCAACGUCGACAGCAGCUCAGGUGUUCUGUUCCACCACUACGGAUUCCACGAGACUCUGUACUACACUGCUACUUUCGGUGUGUCCCGCGGUCUGGGUCCUCUUGCCCAACUGAUCUGGGACCGUGCUCUGGGUCUGCCCAUUGAGCGCCCCAAGAGCAUCAACCUUGAGGGUCUCUUGAAGCAGGUUGAGGGUCAGUGA